CACUCUGUGUUGUUGCGUUCAGUACAUAACGAACUUGUAUAUUCUAGCCUCUUUUACAGAUCAUUUACAGAUCUUAGUCUCUAGUUUCCUGUGCUUCUCAGUUGAGCGAUCAGUGUUCAUUGGAACUCACACGGGCAACGCAGAAGAGAGUCUUAUUAAUUUCUGACGCGCUCACGGGGCGAUUCGUAAUUUACCUUAGAAUUCGACUCCCACCUUCCACCAGACUGACGAGAUAGCGCACGUGCAUACUCGUCAAGACAGGUAUACGAGCAAAGAACGAGGAGGUAGUGACAAUCGAGUUACGGCUUCCUUUUAUCAGUCAAGCCGAACCGUGCGAGGUAUACGGAUCAACCGACACACCGAUCGUGCGCUCAAAAACCGGAGGAAGCAACGUUUCCGUUUUUAUAUUUAGUGCAUAUGGUUUUUGUCAUAGCACUAAAAUCUUGACGACAUACUUCGCGCAUUCUUAUAUCUUCGGGCAGCCUUUUGUGAAAUUUCUCGUGAAAAAAAAUUACGUGAAUUGCACACGGAAAAAAGACCACAUCAAUUUUCAUCAAAGAUCAUCAAAAGUGUGAAAGCUUUUGCAAUUAUCGUAAUUAACGGAUUUUCCACAAGAGAAGAGCUAUUGAAGAAGUUGGACACGCUGGCGCACAUUCAACUUGAGAUAUCUUUGUUGAAAAUAGGCAGAAGCAAUGUAAAUUUAUGGCGGAUCGUUUCUAAGGUCCUCCUUCUAAGGUCUUUUACAAGAUAUUACAACAUUGUAUGUCAAUACCAACCUCGCCAUGGUCGUUUUUCCGCACUCCGUGACUGAACCAGUGUUCCUAAACGGUGAUGGUCUUAGGCCACCCAAUUACGAGAUUAGCAUUGAUGUGCCGGAAAGUAUAAGUCCCAGAAAAGUGAAAGAUGAGGCAUUUACCAUACCCCGUGUCACGAUGGCGAAUGGAAAGACUAAUUAUGCAUUGGAGAUCGAGAACAUUGAUAAGAUCGGCAAGAUGGACACUUCGAAGGAAAACAUUAAUGCGGAACCUGUCAUUGUAAAGAAAGUCGCCGCUGGCUUAAAGUGUUCCAAUGGCCAAGACAAGGAUAACAAAGGAAUGUCUGGCGACAACCCUGACGACAAAGGUGGAGGAUCAUUUUCUAGCGGCAGCUCUAUCGUAACAAUCACAUCGUCGGCCUCUGCUACCUCGGGACCCGAUCCAAAUGAUCCUAAUGGUCCGAAGGGAAAUGGGAACAAAGUAGACAUUAGGACCGAAAAAUGGUGCUACACAAUCCUACAAGUUUCGGUGCCUUUCUUCGUGGCUGGUGUCGGCACUAUCGGUGCCGGCUAUAUUCUCAACACAGUGAAGAACAGGCCUGUGUUCAAGGAAGUCUCUCAAUUGCUGAUCUUAGUGCCAGCGCUGCUUGGUUUGAAGGGCAAUCUCGACAUGUGCUUGGCAUCGCGGCUGAGCACGCAAGUAAACUUGGGCAACAUGCACAACUUUCGGGAGACUGUGAAGAUGAUUAUCGGCAAUAUCGUCCUGGUGCAAAUCCAGGCGAUUGUCGCGGCCACCUGCGUGGCGCUGUUCGCUAUGACGGUGGGCGCUAUCACCAUGAAUAAUACUUUCGUCUGGAAUCAUGCGGUGUUGCUGGCGACCUCGAGCAUCAGCACAGCGACCAGUUCCUGUUUUAUCUUAGACUUCCUUUUGAUCGGUGUGAUCAUGUUAUCUUACCGAUUUAAAAUGAAUCCGGACAACUUGGCGACUCCCUUGGCGGCAUCCUUCGGUGACGUUGUGUCCAUUAGCGUUUUAUCCGGUAUCUCAUCGCAGCUCUACCUUAGGUUAGACAACGAGAUAUGGAUAUUGUACGUCGUUCUCGCGGUCUAUAUAUUCAUGCUCUUGCCAUGCUGGGUUGUGAUUGUACUGAAGAACAAAUACACCAAGAAAGUAUUGAAAUCUGGCUGGGUUCCGGUAUUAUCCGCUCUCUUCAUCAGUGGCUUCGGCGGAUUAAUUCUUGAUCGCGUUGUCAACGUGUACCAAGGAUUUGCUAUUUUCCAACCCAUUAUUAACGGUAUUGGUGGCAACCUUGUGUCAGUACAAGCAUCUCGUACUUCUACAAUGCUCCAUCAGUCUUCCAUCAUGGGGAUUCUGCCACCAAGCGCCAAAAUAUUUGUAGCACCAUGGAGAGUGCUUUUCAAAGGACUUCCAACUGCUAAGACUGCUAGGCUGCUUAUUGGCAUGGCGAUCGUCGGUCAGUUAAUUUUCGUCUUUGUCGCCGAUUACGUGAACGAUGAUAACUGCACGUUGCACGCAUACUUCGUAGUCGCCUAUUUGAUUGUCUCUGUGAUACAAGUAAUGUUCCUAUUAUACAUCGCGCACAUAAUGAUCCAUGCAAUGUGGCGGUACAAAAUGGAUCCUGAUAACUCGGCGAUUCCAUACUUAACGGCAUUGGGAGAUCUCAGCGGAUCGCUGUUUUUAGCAUUGGCCUUUUGGUUCAUAUACGCAAUAAAUAAGCAAUACUGCGCGAGUGAAUAAAUUUGUGGUAUAACGCAGGACGAUUAAACUUCAAACCAAAACGGUCACAAAAAGAAAGCGUUUAGUAAAUGACAACUUUUAACGAUAAUCUUACUAACGAGUAUAAAUGAAUUAAUAAUGGUCACCAAGACAAUUUGAAUCCACUAUCUCACGGCAUUUGUAAUGACCGGCAGGAUGGAAUAAGAAAUAAUAGCCAGACAACUCGAUUAGUAUUCUCGAAAAAAAAAAAGACGCAACACAGCCAGAACGAUAUUGGAAAUAAGAACGAGAGAUGUAGAGAGAAAAAUACUCACAUUAGGAAUAUAGUUUACACAAUCAUUGUUUGCGUGAACGAAUGAUCCAAGAUUGCAGGACAAACGCUAUUCAUGCAAGAUUGGUUAGUCGAAAUUAAUGCGCGAUAAUUAUAGUAAUUUUAGGAAGCGUAAUUUCCUUCAGCAUGUCACCCGUUUUCCCGACGACAUGAACAUCUCACAAAUUAAUAGAUCCUAGUCAAUGUAUUAGCAAAAAUUUAACGACAUCUAAAAGACGUUUAAAGAAUAAGCUACAUCUUUAAAACGUCGGUCAUUUAGAAAUCAUUUAGAUAUUUAUACUGUCUUAUUUAUAAUAGUCGCGAUUGGAAAUAAGACAGAGGCAUAAUAUCAUUGCGCGACGCAGUUUUAAUUUUAAGAUAAAAGUCAUAAUUUAUAUAGAAUCAUGAACAGUCGUGAGUAAGCGAAUGCAUCUCCAAGAAAUCGUAAUCUUGAGGCCUUGCUAGACAAUCUGCCAAUAUAAUGUACUAAUGUUAAACAAAAAGAUAUUCACGAAUAAGCCCAUUUUAGUCGAUCUGUAACUCCACAAAAUAAUAAAAUUUAUUUUUAACUUCAUGUAACGUGCAAAACAUUCGAAGCAAAUAUAUUUCUGAUUUUAUACAUCUUAUCUUAUAAAUUUUUGUAUCUGCGCUGACUUCUGCAAAUUGUCUAAAAUGGACUUAAUGAAUGAGCAGUUUUGAAUAUGCAUAUUUGCAAAUAACGUGUGUUAAAUACAUAUUA